AUGUGGACUUCCGACGGGUUAAGAACAGCUGAUGUGGCGUUGAUUCAUCACUUUAAGAAGCUUUCAUAUGGUGGAGAGAACAUAAUGUGCCUUACCACAUGCGAGUCCCUAUCGAUGAGAAGUAUUUCGUUUUUCGAUUACGUUCUUGAAGUGAAGCCAAAUAGUAUUGUAAUUUACAACGACAUCUUCUUUGAGUGGCCUUUUGUUGAGGCAAGAGCUCGCAUUUUUGGAAUAGGCAUAGAAGAUGAGAUUGGUUUUGCAAGAGACUCUGCUGAUGAUUACAAAAGCAGAAACUGCAUACGCAUUGAUGCCUUCAGAUGGGUAAAGCGAGACUCAUAUCUUCCAGUCGGCAGUCAGUAUCUGAAAUCUGUUGCAAAAGCUAAUUUGCACUGUGAUCCUGUUGAAGUGAUCCAGAAGAUGUCUGAAAUGGCUACAAAAGAACCUCAGAGUCUCGCAAGUUAUUCGAUUUCUGGUAUUGUUGCGACUUACUAUCUCUACAUGAAGUAUGUCCACCCAUUCGUUUUGUGUUGUGUACAAUCAUUCCGCUUGGACCAGAUGAUAUACCGGCAGGGAACAGGCGGAGGUCUUGACCUCCCACUGGAGCAGGCCAUUGCAAACGCGUCAGCGUCUUUCACUGAAGCUGACAUGCUCAUAGCCCAGUUUCUAGGCAAGGAGGCAGUAAUGUCGGGAGUAGGAAGAAUGGAGUCGUUUGUUGAUAAGGAAAGGACGCGGUUCGGAGGGGAUUCCGAUUCCUCGGAAUCCACACUGGGAGGGAAUAGACGGAGGAGGAGGGCUGGCGGGCGGGCAAACUUGGAUGAUGUGAAGCAGGACGGUGGGCGGGAGAGGAGGGCCAGCGUUUCGGAUUCAAUAUUCUCGGCGGAAGUGGCUAGCUCCCCACCUCUCAUCGACAAAGACGAGCUGAAACGCAAUCAACGGAAACGAAUACUCAAGCGGCUUCAAGAUUUCGACUCAUGCUCCUCCUCUAGUAGCGAGCGCAUUAAGAGGCGCCGCACAUUUACCAAGGCAGUGAAUGAGCUGCAGCUCACUGUCCUCAAGUCGCUCAUCAAUGGCGGUCAACAUUGGCCACAGGAGAACCUCACCCUCCAGCCACAGGAGCAGUCGACACCGCCACAAUUUCUGCCCGCCGAGGGUGAUGCCAACCUGGCGAGGUCGCAGACCUCCUCCUCACUAUUCCAUUAA